UGUGACUGGUGACUGUCAUUACUGGAAGGUGGAGGGAGCUAUGACACAAAUUUAAUUAAAAGGGAAAUAUUUUAGUUUUGGAAGUCAGAAUGCCAAGGAAAAGGAAAAAUCUUGGGGGAAAUCCUUUGCGGAAGACUGCAAACUCUAAGAAAAUUGUCGUAUCCCGUGUUGCUAGUCGUGAGGAGCCAGCCACUGCUCUUCCUCCCGUGUGUGAGACAAAGAUGGAUCAGGAGGAGCUCUUCACCAGUGUCUCAGAGAUGUUCUCUGCUCUGGAUCCUGAUGUAGUUUAUUUGAUGCUUUCUGAAUGUGAUUUUAAAGUUGAAAAUGCCAUGGAUUGUCUGUUAGAAUUAUCUGCCACUGAUGCCAAGAUGGAACAAUCAUCUGCACAAACUUCUGUUGAUCGUGAGAGCAAGCCAGGCACGUCAGGAAGUGCAGUAAUGGAGACGUGCCAUCCCGAAGGCGAGAGCGAAGAUUCAAAACUGGAUUCAUUUUUGGAUAUGCAGCUAACUGAAGACUUGGAUUCUUUAAUACAGAACGCUUUUGAGAAAUUGAACUCUCCUCCUGAUGACCAAGUAUACCCAUUCUCUCCUCUGCAAGAUGCUAAUAGUUUUAAUGACCCUUCAACCUUUAUGAAUUCAGAUUCAAGUGGUAUGACUUCUCUUCUUUCUGUACAAAAUACGGGCUCAAACAGCGAAAUUCUCAAGAAUUCUGCUUCUUUACUAGGUUCAAACCCGCUGACUUCACAUUCAGUUUCGAAUGAGCCUGAAAGUUGUACACAGAGUGGCACCUUGGCAUUGGAAGGGGGCUACCCAGAAGGCUCUCCUCUCAGUAGCUCUGGAAAUCCAACAAAUGACUCUGUUAUGGGUUGUGGCAAUUUUAGCCAAAGACAAAAAGAUCGUUUCGAAUCUGAGUGUCCUCGUGUGCAGCAUUCCCAAGCCCUUGUAGAUUUGGGCAACAGUGACCCUCAGGUUCCUUCGAAUGGCCCCCUGCACAAUUCAGGGUCAGAUGUACCAGGUACAGAUGGAGAUCAGAAGUCUGUUUCUGUGCCUGAUGUUUUUGUGCCCUCUGAAGGGUUCAGUUUCAAGCCGCAGCACAAACAUCCUGAACUGCCACCAAAGGGGAAGGAUAUGAAUUACUGCCCGGUGCUCACCCCUCUCCCUUUACUCCUUCCACCCCCGCCCCCACCCCCUAUCUGGAACCCGAUGAUCCCUGCAUUUGAUCUCUUUCAAGGGAACCAUGGCUUUGUAGCCCCUGUUGUGACCACAGCUGCACACUGGAGACCUGUCAACUACACCUUCCCACCCCCCAUCAUCUCCCACAACUCUCCGACUAAAGUGUGGAGAGGCAGCGAGGGAGCAAGUGCUUACCAGGUGCAGGAGGCCCCUGUGUCGCAGCCUGCGAGGAAGAAGACCACCUCCUUCGUCGGCUUAGUCCUCGUCCUUCUCAGAGGGCUGCCAGGCUCAGGGAAAUCCUUUCUGGCAAGGACUUUGCAAGAGGAUAACCCAGGUGGCGUCAUUCUCAGCACUGAUGAUUAUUUUUAUAUAAACGGACAGUACCAGUUUGAUGUAAAGUACUUAGGGGAAGCCCACGAGUGGAACCAGAACCGAGCAAAAGAAGCAUUUGAGAAGAAGGUUUCUCCAGUAAUCAUAGAUAAUACAAACCUCCAAGCGUGGGAAAUGAAGCCAUAUGUUGCUUUGUCUCAAAAGCAUAAAUAUAAGGUCCUUUUCCGGGAACCAGACACAUGGUGGAAGUUCAAGCCGAAGGAACUUGCAAGACGUAAUAUUCAUGGAGUAAGCAAAGAGAAGAUAACACGAAUGUUGGAGCACUAUCAGCGCUUCGUUUCCGUGCCAAUAAUCAUGAGUUCUUCAGAUCCAGAGAAAACCGAGCGGAUUGAGUUGUGUGCAUACGCUGGUGAGGACAGAAAUCCUAGCCCAAGAGACAGUGAAGCUGUUACCUCUGCAAAAGAAGACAGUGUUGCAUGUGUGUCUCCGAAGCACUUAGAGUUACCGGAGGAGAAGACACUUGAAGUGGUCACACAAGCAAUGUCACCUGCCAGCGAUCCCCCGCUCCCUUGUCCCAGUUUAAACAGAGGAAGAACGGAGUUGGGUGAUGUGAGUCACGGCGUUCCUAACCACUUCUUGCAGGAAGCUCCGAGCACCUAUUUUCCUAACCCUGAAAACAAAGUUCAAGCCACAGAUAGAAGUGAGAAAGAACAAGAGAUGAUGUCUGAAAAAGAGCAUUCUGAAGCAGACGCAUGGAUUGCUGCAGAGGGAGCACCGUCACAUGGUUACUGUGUUGAGGACAACCAGGAAACCUGUGAGUUUGCCAGUGCAGCUACUCUUGCCAGUGAGAACCCCUCCCCUCCUGAAAUAGUGGAGGAAAGAACAGCAGGAAAGAAAAAGGCCAUUGGAAAACAAAAAAGCAAAUCAUCUUUGGAAAAAUUCCCCAAACAUGAGCUAUCAAAUUUUGUUGGUGACUGGCCAGUUGAUAAGACAAUUAGCCAGAGAACUAAAAGGAACCGGAAAACUGAAAAAGGUUUAUCUGUACAAAAUGACAAAAAAUGCAAUCGCCCGCAGUCCCACAAAGUGUUAGAUACUAGGGUAUCUGUGACUACAGAUGCUAUCCAGCCCCAAGGAUCUGGAAACGACGAUUUUUCAGAAGUGCCCAGUAGCUAUCACUAUGAUCCUUACAAAAGUACCGAGCAAACCUCAUUCAGCGCUGUGAGCGACUGGCCCUCCUCUGCUUCCUUAACUCAGAGAGAGCACAGAUUGAGAAUGCCAAAAGGUGGCUUAAGUGAACCCAACGUAGAAUUUGGAAAUAAUGACAACCUGGGUGAAAUACCCUUAUAUCCAGCACACGAGGCCUACUGGGGGACAAGCCCCGAAGAACUGAAGACGCUGAGUUCCAGCCUUCGGGGUUCUGAAAUGCUGCCCAGUAAAACAGCGCAUGAGCAUCAUAGCCAGCACUCACUGCCCCUUACCUUUUCCGGCAGUGCAGCAACUCUUCCUGGAGUAGUGGGGCCCCGAGCUCUAACAGAAUUUCCAGUGGGGGUGUCUGGAAUCAUGUCUGGAAUAGAUACAGGCACUUGUACCCAGACUGAACCCCAAGAUUUUGCUCUCUUGUGGAAAAUAGAAAAGAAUAAAAUCAAUGUUUCAGAUUCUGUCAGAGUGUUGACAGGAAGAUUAGAUGGGUUUAAGCCAAAAGAUUUUACUCUUAUUAGAAAAUUAAAUGUUCAAGAAACAAUUCCAUAUAGAGUGAUGCAUGAUAAAAGUACAUUCGUUGAAGAAAGUGAGCUCACCAGUGCCGAUGAAUCUGAAAAUAUUAACAUCCUUUGCAAACUGUUUGGAUCCUUUUCCUUAGAAGCCCUGAAAGAUCUGUAUGAGAGAUGUAAUAAAGACAUUAUUUGGGCCACAAGCCUCUUGUUGGACUCUGAGACUAAACUGUGUGAGGACACUGAGGUUGAGAACCCCCCCAAGUCAUACAGUGAGUCACAGGUUGGGCCGUUUUCUAUGGGCUUGGAUUUGAAGGAAAUUAUUAGCCACGGAGGAACCUCAGAAGGUUCUAAUUCUUCUGUAUCAGAAUUUAGUCCUGGAAUUGGUAUCAGGAACACCAGCGCACAGUCUGCUGGUGACCCAGAAACGGGAAACUCAGAGCAGGAAGGGAUAAGAACUCUAAAUCCUGAAAACCCCGAAUUAAUAACCAGAAUAUUCCCUAAUGCCACUGUAAACGUGAAGAGUAAUAAUGAAACAGUGCCUGACUGUCAGGCUGAAUUGUCUGGUGCGUAUACCUUUGAGCAGCCUCCACGGUCUUACAUCCCUAAAGAUGUUAGUGAAAUAGAAGAAAGUCUAGUAGUGACAGAGACUAGAGACAAUAUUCAUUCUUUUUUAAAUUUAUCUGAUAUUAUAAACUCUGCAACAAGCAGUUCAAAUCCUGAAUUAAAUGAAGAUGUUUAUCUUACUGGCUCUUUGGAAGUAAAGAAAAAUGAAAAUCUUCCUAAGGAUUAUAUGAAAUUUGCAAACAUGGAAGAAUUUAUCAAUGAAGAUAAACAGGAAAUGGAGAGAAAUCUAAUGCCAGGAACUGGUUGGUCAGUAGGAGUUAGUGAAGAGGGUAAAACUGAGGUGUUGACUCCUGCACCAGUGACAGCCAAAUCUCUGACCAUAGACUGUCUGGAGCUGGCACUACCCCCGGAGCUGGCUUUCCAGCUUAAUGAGCUGUUUGGCCCGGUUGGUAUUGAUUCAGGCUCUCUAACAGUUGAGGAUUGUGUGGUUCAUAUAGACCUGAAUCUCGCUAAAGUGAUUCAUGAGAAAUGGAGAGAAUCUGUAAUGGAGCGACAGAGACAAGAGGAGGUUUCUCGUGGCAAGUGCAUGCAAGAUCCUUUGCUGGCUGGACAUACUGUUUUUGAUAAUUCUGAACAAAAAUCAUCUCAGAAAACAGGCAAAAGAUUAUUGAAGACUUUAGCAGCACCUGAGACCCUGGAUCACUGGAACACUCAAACAAAAAAAGUUUCACUUCGGGAAAUAAUGUCAGAAGAAAUUGCCUUACAGGAGAAACAUGACUUGAAACGGGAGACACUUAUGUUUGAAAAAGACUGUGCCACAAAACUAAAGGAGAAGCAGCUCUUUAAAAUAUUUCCAGCCAUUAAUCAAAAUUUCCUGGUGGACAUUUUCAAGGAUCACAACUAUUCACUGGAAAACACGGUACAGUUUCUAAACUGUGUUCUUGAAGGAGACCCUGUGAAAACAGUUGUAGCUCAAGAGUGUGUUCACCAAAAUGAGAAUAGCACUUCUCAUACUGCACAGAAAUCGAAAGAGAAAAAGGCAAAGAAACCAAAAGAGGCUGAGGAUCCCCCAGGUGACCCCUCUUUCCAGGAUUUUGAGUACCCUGAGUAUGAUGACUACAGGGCAGAGGCUUUCCUGCACCAGCAGAAGAGGAUGGAGUGCUACAGCAAGGCCAAGGAAGCCUACCGCAUGGGGAAGAAGAAUGUGGCCACCUUUUAUGCUCAACAGGGCAGUCUGCAUGAGCAGAAGAUGAAAGAAGCCAAUCACCUUGCUGCUGUGGAGAUCUUUGAGAAAGUCAAUGCCUCUCUGCUACCGCAGAAUGUCUUAGACCUCCAUGGGCUGCAUGUAGAUGAAGCUAUAGAACAUUUGACAGCGGUUCUACAGCAGAAAACAGAAGAAUUUAAGCAGAGUGGCGGUAAGCCCUAUCUGUCAGUGAUUACUGGGAGAGGAAACCACAGCCAGGGGGGAGUUGCUCGAAUCAAACCAGCUGUCAUUAAAUACCUCACAAGCCACAGCUUUAGGUUUUCUGAAAUUAAACCUGGGUGCUUGAAAGUCAUGCUAAAGUGAAACCUAAAGCCCUGGACUUAGAAGUGUGAGGUUUGUGGGCUGACGGUUUUACUUGCAGUAAUUCAGUCAGUUCUGUUUUCAAAUGUAUUUUAUUAGGACUGUAAAUCAAGAAAAAUGUUUUUCAGAAUUCAAGGAAAGUGUUUUUUUAACUUGAUCAAAUGCCAAUCUGUUACUUGUUGAAACAUUAAAAGGAAUUUUUAUUAAUUACAAAAUGUCUAAAAAAAUUAUCACCUGCAGUUUAAAGUCUUAAGUGUUGUAUUGUGGUUAGGAAAACAAACCAACCAACCAACAAACACUGCCUUUGUGUUCCAGUUCACGUUUAGAAAGUCCUAAAGGCGGCUGUGCGGGCCGAGUGCCCAGUGCCUCUCAAAGAAUCUGUUAAAUAGUGAGGGAAGAAGGCAAACACACAGGCGGCUUGUCUCCUUUCAGAGCGUAACACAAAGUCACCUGACAGGUGGCCGCUUGGUUGUAUCUCCUCCGCAUCUUCAUCCCUUCCCUUCUGUGCUGGUCUGUGCAUUUUUCUGGGAGGAAAGUUGGGUCUGAGAGUAACUUGUAGUCUCAUAGGUACAAUGGGUAGCUUUCAGAGGAGAGGCGGUGCUGGGUGUCUCCUGUGUGUCCUGGACUGUCCGUGCAGGCACAUCAAGGCUAAAUGGCUGCUUUAGGCUCAAGACAUCAUUUCUAAGCUGCAGGGAGUCAGUCCUUUUGGUAUAACUGUAAAAGAAACUCUUGUAAUUAUAUUCUUUUUUUUUUUUUACCUUUAUUUUGAAAAGGAGCCAACUUUCUGAAAGAAGAGUCUCAUUGACUUUUUGAGCUAAUGUCCUGUUUAUGUAUAAAUUCUGGUUUCCUUUCUACAGACCUAGUUUGGCAAAGUGUAAUUUUUCUAGAAUGACACAGUAGUUAAAAUAAAUCUAACUUUGGACAUACAGAGUAUUUUCAACAUAUAUGGUAUUCACAGACAAUUAUGUUGCAUUUAUGGCCUUUGUAAGGAAUGCAGCAGUGCCCUCUCCGAAAGAUUCUGACAGAGUGAGCUCCCAGAGAGCAUUUUAAUGGGAAUACAACUUGGAACCAUGUUUUUACGUCUUGUGAAUCAUGCUUUUAAAAAAGAGCCUUACCAUUGAAUUUUAUUUCCAUAAAAACAAAAAUCUAUGUUUGUUACCUACAAAUAGUGAUUACCAAUACUCAAGUAUUUAUAUUUUUAGACUUGUAAUAAUUUGUUUUAAAAAUUGCGGUAGUGUAGCAUACCAUUUUUGGUAAUGCUUAGAAGUGUUUUAUAUAUAUACUACAAAUAAAGCAGUUCUCUUUUACAACUGAGUACAAAAACCAUAAUCAAUAGUUAAUAAAGUAAGCAUAUUCCUGUGUUCAUGUUUAUAUGAUACAAAAAAGCGAGACAGUUUAAAACUCGGAAUUACUAGAGUGUGUGCAGCUGCAGACUCAUUUUCUGUGUUUUAUAUUUUUUCAUGUUUUAAAAACACAUUUGACUAUUUCAGACAGAUUUAUAUUAUUACAGUGAUUCUAAUUAAUAAGAAACAGUGAGAAGAAGUUCUAGUGUGCUUGCAGCUGGAGGCCGUGGCUGGAAGUCUGAUACUGGUUCUUUAUGAUGGAGUAAACCUCAUGUAGACCUCAGAAUUGCUACAAAGACCCAGUUGGCCUCAACCUCACAAUCCUUCUGCCUCACUUGCCUAAGUAUUGAGACCAUAGGUCCGUGCUUGGCUUCAUAGUCUUUAAUUAUUAUCUAUAAAUACACAAAGUUUGAACAUCAUAUAUAUUUAUAGUCCCAGAUUUCCUCCCCGGCUCCUAUCUGGUAUCAUUGAAACAUUUACAAGUAUGAAAGAUCAUUCUCUGAACUUUCAUUUGCUGAUCUCUAAAUCUUGUGUCCCAGCCAGAGGUGGAUCAAAGAUUUUUCUUUUGCUCACUUCUGAAUUUUGUGUCAGAGCUAAAGAUGGUUUAGAGAUGAUCCAGGGUAGAAGAGCUCUUUGUAAAUCUAGUAUUUUAAAACAUUCUAAAAUACAGCAUUUCUUCCCCCAAACUUGGAAGAUCUUAGCAGUUAAUAUACAUUUUAAAAUCUGUUACUGGUAUCAAUCCAAUGAAAACAGAGAAUUGAUAGGAAUCACUUGACAGUCAGUGUGAGGGCCAGGGCCUCAUGACCAUUCUCAGUCUCGUUCCUUAUCCUGUGAGACAGUUGGAACAUGUUUUCUGACAUUUAUUAGCUGUUGAUAUAUUGCUGUUAUUUUUGAGUUGAAGUUUUCUUCUUUUUAUUAGCAUUUCCAUACUACUUAUAUACUGUGACAUUUAAGUAUCAUCCAUAUUAUAUAGUGGAAACUGUGACUGAAAUGAUAGGUAACAGAUUUUGAGAAGAAAAAGCUUCCAGUUCUUUGGGGUGGCUUCCUGUCCUUUGUUUUGAUCUUCUUCUUUAUAAAUUCAAGUGUUCUGUUCACUUUAGAAGGACAUGUGUAAGGACAAGAUUAGUUAGUUAGUUCUGAGCUGGCAAUUGGAAACUUUUGAAACUCAAGAAAUUGCUCUGACAAUGUUUUAACUGCUCUCAAUUAAGAAAAUGUAAGAAAUGGACAAAAAUAAUGUGUGUUGUUUUUUCUGAGUGCUUCUCCCUUGUGCAAUGAGGUGACACUGAUGAUGUUCUGUGCCGUGCUUAAGUGUUGCUUAUUUUUAAAUACUUGUAAAGGAAACAGGCUUAAAUGUCUGUGUGGCCAAAACCAAGUGCCAUUUAAAAGGAAAAGUGAGUUAAUGUAGAAUGUAUGUUAAUGGUGCUUAUUUUUAAAGUGUGAUUUAAGUUUACAGUAUUACUUGAUGCCUCUUUACAGAAGCGAAUAGAGAAACAAGGCUCGAACACACCCGUGUCCCGAAGCCUUCGUAACCUCAGUUAGAUGAUGCCGGAGUCCCUUCACUGUCCUCACAUCUCAGCUUGACUCCGUGGUCAGGUGAUGAACCUGCCUUGUUGAGUUUCUCCUCUACGUCUCAUUAAAGUGCCACAUUGCAGCUAGCAGUUGAAGAAUAGACUAUAAGAUUUUCAGACGGUAUAUCAGAAACAAAAUGUUUUUAUUUGUACUAUAAAAAUGUGAUUUUUUUGCUGUCAACUCUGUACUUUUUUAUUGAAAAUGUUUAUAACGUUGCUUUUAAAAUUUCUUAUGAAACCAUUUACAAAUUACACACUUAAUUUAAUAAAAUGCUUUCAUCACA